GUCCCGGGGCCGGGCUGUCCCCGCGGGGGGCCGUGCCGCGGUGGGCAGCCCCCGGCCCCGCCGUGUCGCGGUGCCGGCCCGGACCCCCCGGCAGCGAUGGCCGCCCGCAUCCUGCACCGGCUGCGGCACGCGCUGGCGGGCGAGGGCGGCCGGGAGGAGCCGGCGGGCGGCGGCGGCGGCGAGGCCGAGGACUGCCCGGAGAGCUCGGAGCUGGAGGACGACACCGAGGGGCUGUCGACGCGCCUCAGCGGCACCCUGAGCUUCACCAGCCACGAGGACGAGGAGGGAGAGGAGGAGGGGGACGGAGCUAGCGAGGAGCUGGAGGAGCCGCCGCAGGCGCCGGGGGCGGCAGCAGGCACGGAGGACGGAGGCAGAGUGGGUCUCUACGGCGGAGCGUCCCGGCGGCAGCCUGCUGACCCGGCAGCUGCAGGAGCUGUGGCGGAGGUCGCGGGGCAGCCUGGCACCGCAGCGGCUGCUCUUCGAGGUCACCAGCGCCAGCGUGGUCAGCGAGCGCUCUUCCAAGUACGUGAUGAGCCUCAGCUCUACACCAUCUACCUGAUCCGCUCUGGCCAGUUUGACAAGGCCCCUGCCACCAUCGCCCGGCGCUACUCGGACUUUGAGCAGCUGAACCGCCGCCUGCGCUGCCGCUUCAGCUGCGACAUGGCCAGCGUUGCCUUCCCCAGGAAGAGACUGCGCCGGAAUUUCACCGCUGAGACCAUUGCCAAGCGGAGCCGAGCCUUCGAACAGUUCCUGUCCCAUCUGCACUCCAUCGAUGAGAUCCGCCGCUCCCCUGAAUUCCUCGAGUUCUUCUUCCUGCCGGACCUGCAGGCCGCACAGCGCCUGACCUGCACUGGCAUGUACCGCGAGGCUCUGGCCACCUGGGCCAAUGCCUACCGGCUGCAGGACCGGCUGGGGGUCUGCAGCUCCGGCCGCUUCCUGCUGACACUGGCCGGGCUGGCUGUCUGCCACCAGGAGCUGGACCAGCUCAGUGAGGCCCAUGGCUGCUGCGAGCAGGCGCUGCAGCUGCUGGAGGCCCAGGGCAGCCACCCACUGCUGGGACCCUUCCUGCAGGCCCACGUCCACCUGGCCUGGAAGGUGGGCAAGGACAAGCGGCGCUCGGAGGCCUGGCUGCAGGACCUGAGGGAAGCUGGGCUGCCCCUGCAGCAGCAGCCUUCCCUGAAGGAAUGCCUGAUCAAGGAACCUCUGGAAUGAGCCACCUGUGCUCACGUGGGUGGGAGGGCAAGCGCUGUGAGGGAGCUCACACGCCUGUGGCAGCUGGGAACAGCAAGGGAAAUGCCACGGGUGGCAAUGGGGCAGGGGAGCAGCACUGCAGUCCCACGGCAGCACAGCCCAUGCCUGGAGCUGCCUCCUGAAUGCACUUUCUCUGUGGUUAGUCUGUUUUGUGGGGCUGAGGACUCAAGGGGGUCCACCACCCACACUGGUGCUGUCAGAAGCUGCUCCCCCUCUGCAGGGGAUCCUGGAGUGGCUGACACUUUAGCUGGGACAUACUGGCACCUUGCAAGGGAACGGGAAAGCUUCUGGCAGGGUCCAGGGCUCUUGCCGGGAACUUCCCAUCAAACUUACACAAUAGAAAAGACUUUAUUAAAUAAAGUCUUGGCAGGAAGAAGA